AAUAAAGGCAGUUGAGGGUUGAAAAUAAUACAUCAGUAUGCCCUUUAUCUACUCCUCUCUUGGAGCGGAUGUUCAUCAAAACACUACCCUUCUCACAUUUUUCAUUUUGUUGCUUUCUGGAGUUUGGUGUUUUCUACACCUUCCAAGCUUCAUGGAUUGGAGGCAGAGGUUUCUCUUAAUAGCUUUUGUCGUUCUUGCAGCAGCCAUAGAUGGAGCUGAAGCAUAUGGCAUGGUAACAGGCACCGUCUUCUGUGAUCAAUGCAAAGAUGGCCAAAUUUCCCUCUUUGAUUAUCCUCUCCAUGGAAUUAAGGUCAUGAUUAGUUGUGUUGAUAGUAGUGGGCAGAUCACAAUGUCAAUAGAAGAAACCACAAACUUGUUUGGAAAUUAUGCCAUGAAGUUUGAUGGCACACCAGACUUGAGCAAUUGCCAUGCCCAGGUUUCAGGUAGUGGCCAGGGGUCUAACAUUUGCGGUGCAAAGGCCGGUCCUGCACAAAAACUCAAACUGAUGUUUAGAAUGUUUGAUGUGGAGAUGUAUGUUGUGGAUUCAUUGCUUUCCGAGCCUGCUCAGCCUAUGUCAUUCUGCCCAAACUCAAGAAAUCCUGUCCCCGCACCACCAUUACCCACCAGCCCUCCUGCACCGCUAGCUCCUAAAGUACCUUGUCCACCCUUCGGGCUUCCACCACUGCCACCACUGCCACCGCUGCCACCAUUGCCCGGACUGCCACCACUGCCACCGCUGCCAUCAUUGCCCCCACUGCCCCCAUUGUCCCCAUCGCCUUUAUUGCCCCCAUUGCCCUCAUUGGCCCCAUUGCCCUCAUUGGCCCCAUUGCCGCCCGUGACAGUCCUGCAGGAAGGGUCAGCAUGUCCACAUCAGAACUGGAAAAUGCAAGAGUACAAAUGUUACUGGAGAGUAUUGAAUCCAGACUCAAAGGUUGCAGUUGUUUUUGGUCCCAUAGCAGCCGCAAGAUAUGGGACUGAUAUGACUCUGUGGGAAGGUUUGCAUGGGAGAGGAGACCCCUACAGAACCCUCCUGAGGGAAGCCACAACUGCACUUCUCAACUCUUACAACAGUCUUGAAUUCCCUUACCAUACAGUGGGUGUUAUCACAGACAUGAAUUUGGCAUUAAGAGGCUCUACUCACAGCACCCUUCUUACUGCUUUGAGGUUCAUGAGGGCUAACUCUGGGUUUGGCAGACUCCCCUGCAAAUUCAGCCCUUGCGAAUGAUCUCUUCAUGUCAUUUCUAGGCUAAUUAUAUUUCAUUAUAUACUGCUACCAUAGUUAGCCAAAAGUGAAGAUCUCUGUUAUUUUAUGUUAUCUAGUCUUAUGUUUCUGUUUGCAGUAGACCAGAAUAGGUGUAUUGAACAAUUUUUCACUAAUAUUGUUAAUGAGAAAAGGGUCGUGAUUCAGACGUGGAAUGCUUUUCCAGUUGACCCUCUUUGAGAAUGAAGUUCAAGAUAUCUG